AUGUUCCGAGUACUUAUGUUUAGGCUCAAUCGGAAGGGCAAGCAGCCGCUCGGAGAUAGUAUUACUUAUGUAUUUGUAAAGCAUCCAUCCGAUAUCGGAGAACAAAAGACGACAUUUGGUCAUGAUUUAUGUCCUUAUCGAACACCCGAAGAUGGGCUGCUCCUUUACGAAACCGGUGCAGGCAAGGAUUACACAGAGGUAUGGGGUCCCCAGGUGGCCGACAUCUUUGCCAGAGGCGAGUAUAGCGAAGACUUGGAGCUCGAUGCAGCGAUUAAGAAGAUUGCCCAUGACAUCAAAGAUGUCAAGGGUGUUAUCAUGGGGCAUCUGCACUUGGAUCAUGCAGGUGGGCUUGAGUACUUCAGAGGUACUGAUGUGCCUAUUUACGUCCAUGAGAUUGAACUCAAAAAUGCCUUUUACAGUGCCGCGACCAAGGUAGAUAUUGGAGUUUACCUACCAACCUAUCUCCAAUUCGACCUAAACUGGACACCCCUCUACGGCGACAGCAUUCUCAACGCAUGA